GAAAUCAAAGAAGUGCCUUCCAAGGGUUUGGGGGCUGUGGCCAUACGAGACAUCGGGGAAGGUGAGUUGGUGGUUGAAGAACGGCCGUCGAUCACCUUUGUGGAUCUCCCGGACUGGGAGGGGAAGAUCCAGGAGCAGUUCGAGAUGCUUCCUGCUAAGACCCAAGAGGCCUUGAUGGAACUGCAUGACAUCGACGAGAGCAAGAGCCUCACGGGGGUCUUCAACACCAACAGCAUUGGUUGCUACAGCGAGUCUCUGGACGGAAGUCUCUGCGUCGUCGUGAGUCGCUUCAACCACAGCUGUUUGCCCAACUGUGAGCAGUUCUGGGAUGAUGACAUGUUCCGCCAGAAGCUGUUUGCCUGCCGGGACAUCUCCAAGGGCGAGGAGCUGUGUUUCUCCUACGUGGAACCCUUCCUGUCCUUGGCCGAGCGUCAGCAGAUCUUCCGGCAGCGCUACGCCUUCCACUGCCGCUGCCCCGCCUGCACCGAUCGCAAUGCAGCCAGCGACGCGCGGCGGAAGCGCCUGGGGGAAGUGGUGCAAGAUCUAAACCGAGGCGUCAACAAGAACGGCGACGCUGCUGUGGCAUUGGCCAAGGAGAUGGAAGAACUAUGUGCUGAGGAGGGCUUGGCCCUGCAGGGCUUCCGUGCGCAGGCCGCCUACCACGCCUUUCAAUGCCUGUUGUUGGCACGACGACCCAAGGAGGCAAAACCUUGGAUCCGACGUGCGCGGCAACAGCUGCAGAAGACCCGAGGAGAGGAUCAUCCGGAUGUGGCAGUGCUGAGAGGCUACGAGCAAGAUCCCUUGAGCCACCCAGCAGCCACUGAUGAGCAGAUUGAUUGGGCGCCCGUGGCGGGGCUAGUGGUUGUCGCCUCGGCCAUUGUGUUGGCGCUGCAGGGUCAAGGUGCACCAUAG